AUGCCCGGACUCAACCCAAAGCAGGAAGACAUUGACCAGUUCGUGGCUAUCACGCAGGCGUCGGAGUCGGAGGCGGCGCGGUUCCUCGGAGACGGGGUUACGCUUCAGGGCGCUAUCGAGGACUACUUUGCUGCGCAGGCCGCAGGCGACCAGCCGGGCGAGGAUGCGGACGAAGACAUGCUCGACGCUGCGCUCGCUGCGUCGACCGAGCCCGCAGGCGGAGCGCGCACCCUCUCUGGCGCGCCAGCUGAGGAACUUCCCGAGUCGUGGCGCCGCCGCGGGGCCAACAUUGCCGGCGUGCACGGCGACGAUACCCGCCGUGACGGUAGCGAACUAUACACUGGCGGCGAGCGCAGCGGGCUAGCUGUGCAGAAUCCCGGCGAGGAGAACAGAGACGCGGGCGUCGUGAACGAUAUCCUGCAGCAGGCGCGCCACGGCGGACGUGAGGAGGACCCAGUGCCACAGGCACGUAACCCAUGGGCCGGUGUUGGUGCUGGCAACACUCUCGGUUCUGAGGACACACCGAGCGUGCAGGCCGGCAGCUCUGGUCAUAGGAUGCCUGGCGCGUUUGGCGGAAAUGAGGAGGACGAGGACGAGGAGGACGGGGAACCUGUUGAGCGCCGGCUCAUCUUCUGGCGUGACGGAUUCAGCAUCGAGGACGGCCCGCUGUACCGCUACGACGACCCGAGAAACCAGCAGCACCUGGCCUUGAUCCGCGCCGGACGCGCCCCGCUCGAGCUCUUCGACGUACGCUUUGACCAGGCGCUCAAGAUUGAGGUCGACCAGCGCACUAACGAGGACUAUCAGGAACCUCUCAAGAAGCCGGCCAAGCCCUUCUCUGGUGGCGGCAACCGCCUCGGCGCGGCUACGCCCGAGAUCGCUGGAGCCGGUACGUCGGCAGCCGCGGCUGCGCCUCCCCCAACAACCAAGCCCGAGAUCAAGGUCGACGCGAGCCAGCCGUCGACGACGAUCCAGCUGCGUCUUGGCGACGGCAGCCGCCUGGUCGUGAAGGUCAACCUCGACCACACUGUGGCCGAUCUGCGCGGCCUCGUUGCCGCGUCGCGGCCCGAUGGCCGUGCUUUCGUACUUCAGACGACGUUCCCCAGCCGCGAACUGCCCGACGGCGAGACGGUCGAGCAGGCCGGCCUCAAGAACGCCGUUGUCGUGCAGCGAUAUGUCUGA